GGCUAUAAAAGAGCUGCUUCCGGCGCCGGCGCCCGGCCUUGGUUUUCCUCCUCGGUGGCUCGCGCUGCUGCGGCCGAAAGACCCGCGAUGAGUCUCCCAGGGUUGAGCCUGAAAAAAUCUUCAGCUUUCGCCCAAGCCCUGAAAGCUGAACCCCGGUACUUGUUGGCCCAGAAUGUGGCCACGUGCGCAGACCCCCUGGAGGUGUGCCUGGAGCGGGCUGUGGUGCAGGACACGCUGCAGGUCUUCCAGCACAUGGUACCUGCUGAAGGCAAGCCCAUCACCAAUCAAAAGAACUCAGGACGCUGCUGGAUCUUCUCCUGCCUGAACGUGAUGCGCCUCCCCUUCAUGAAGAAGUUCAACACGGAGGAGUUCGAGUUCAGCCAGUCGUACCUCUUCUUCUGGGACAAGGUUGAACGCUGUUACUACUUCUUGCAUGCAUAUGUGGAAACAGCUCAGAAGAAGGAGCCUGUGGAGGGGAGGCUGGUGCAGUUCCUGCUCUCCAAUCCCUGCAAUGACGGCGGGCAGUGGGACAUGCUCGUGAACCUCAUUGAAAAAUACGGCGUAGUCCCCAAGAAGGUUUUCCCUGAAUCACACACCACUGAGGCCUCCAGACGAAUGAAUGACAUUCUGAACCACAAGAUGCGAGAGUAUUGCCUGCGGCUGAGGAAUAUGGUAGAGACUGGAUGCAACAAGGAUGAGCUCUCUGCAGCCGUGGACACCAUGAUAGAGGAGGUGUUCAGAAUAGUGACCAUCUGCCUGGGGAGCCCUCCGGACUCCUUCUGCUGGGAGUUCUACGACAAGGAGAAGACCUACCACAAGAUUGGGCCAAUCUCGCCCCUGCAGUUCUACAAAGAGCACGUCAAGCCUAUCUUCGACAUGGAAAGCAAGGUUUGCCUGGUGAACGACCCUCGGCCCCAGAACCAAUACAACCAGCUUUACACAGUGGAGUACCUGAGUAACAUGGUGGGGGGCAGGAAGACUCUUUACAACAACCAGCCCAUCGAGCUCCUGAAGAAACUGGCAGCCGCUUCUAUUCGGGAUGGAGAGGCCGUGUGGUUUGGUUGUGACGUUGGGAAGCACUUCAACAGCAAACUGGGCAUCAAUGACAUGAAUAUAUUUAACCACAAGCUGGUGUUUGGCGUGUCAGUCAAGAACAUGAACAAGGACGAGCGGCUGAUCUUCGGGGAUUCGCUGAUGACCCACGCCAUGGUCAUUACUGCCUUCACUGAGAAGCCAGAGCAAGAGGGCUGCUUUGAAAAAUGGCGCGUGGAGAACUCAUGGGGCGAAGACCGCGGGAAUAAAGGUUACCUUAUCAUGACUGAUGACUGGUUCUCAGAGUACGUCUACGAAGUGGUGGUGGACAGGAAGUAUGUGCCAGAGGACGUCUUAGCUGUGAUGCACCAGGAGCCAGUUGUCUUGCCUGCAUGGGACCCCAUGGGCGCUCUGGCUAAGUGAACUGGUGUGUGUGUGUGUUGAGGGGGCUCUCUACUGCCUCCUUCUGGUCAACCUUGAAGCAAGCAUGUGGGGGGGGAUCUGGAGGGCCAGGAGCCAACGCCAAGUGGCCCCAUGAGCAAACUCCCACUUGAGGUGCCAGUCUUGAAGAGUGGUGCCCUGUGGAUCUUCAGAGGAAACAGUGCUUUUCUGUGGACGGGGCUACUCUGCAACCUUUGCGUCGACAUGUGUGCUUUUCAUUGUAGUAUAAUCCUUUUUUCUUUUCUUUUUUUUAAAAACACCCUCUAAAAUUAUUUUAUUCAUAUACUCGUUUUAAAAAUGAUUCUUUCACGGAAACCUUGUAUAGAAAAAGAUGGGUGGGGGGGGUGAUUGGGGUGAUUGCGUACCACAAAGGGCCACCAAGUGGAGAUUAAUUGCUUGUUGGUUGUGAUUUUGAGCUGCUUGGCUGCUUGCUUGUGGAGAGAGGCAUAUAACCCAUGGUGCACGAUGCUGCCCACUUCCUACAUGAUCUUCAUCUGUCUUGUCUUUUCCAACUGAGAUGUGGUCUGAAUUUAACAGCCUUCUCCCUGGAGCACCUGAAUCACAGCCCAGGGGAUCCCCCCCCCCAUAACCACCACUGAGGCUCAGCUGAACCAACUGAAAGAGUGGCUGCAAAGGCUACAUUCCAGAAUGCCCAGUUCCUGGGUAAAAUGGGAUUUUUAAAAAAUGGCUGCGUUUUUAUUUGAAUGCCAUCUACAACUACCUGGUGCUAUGGAGCGUUUGAAUAAAAACACUUUGCUGAAUGAG